CUCCCUCUCUCGCAAACGCGCACGCGACACGAGUGCACGCGGAGCGGAGCAAUACAAAAAGUCGCCUACCACCACCAGCGCCAGCCGAGCAGGCCAGCGGCAGCAGGUGGAGUGGAGGGUGGUGGUGCCUUCGGUUCCCCUCCCCUCUCUUUUGCCUACCCUCUCCUCUCUCUCGGCUUUUGGCCUGCUGCGGGGGUGGGGGUGGUGGUGGUGGUGGUGUCUCUCUCUAGUCUCGGUCUGUGCGUCCAGAUCCGGGCGGGGAUGGCGGCGGCGUGGGUGUGGCUGGCCGUGGCGGCGCUGGCGGUGGCGGUGGCGGCGGCUAACUCCGAGGGGGACGCGCUGUCGGCGCUGCGGCGGAGCCUCAGGGACCCCGGCGGCGUGCUGCAGAGCUGGGACCCCACCCUCGUCAACCCCUGCACCUGGUUCCACGUCACCUGCGACCGCGACAACCGCGUCACGCGCCUAGAUCUUGGUAAUUUGAACUUAUCUGGUCAUCUGGUGCCUGAGCUUGGAAAGCUGGAUCAUCUGCAAUAUCUGGAGCUUUACAAAAACAAUAUUCAAGGAACAAUCCCAUCAGAGCUUGGUAGUUUGAAGAAUCUUAUAAGCUUGGACUUAUACAAGAACAACAUUUCAGGGACUAUUCCUCCAACCCUUGGAAAAUUAAAGUCCCUAGUAUUCUUGCGGCUCAACGGCAAUCGCUUGACUGGGCCAAUUCCAAGGGAACUGGCUGGAAUAUCUAGUCUUAAAGUUGUUGAUGUUUCAAGCAACGAUCUGUGUGGAACAAUUCCCACAUCAGGACCAUUUGAGCACAUUCCUCUGAGCAACUUUGAGAAGAACCCACGCUUGGAAGGUCCAGAACUACAGGGCCUGGCUGUAUAUGACACCAACUGCCAAGAAAAUUGUAUGUUGUGGCAGAAUGCUUUGUCUGUGAAAGUAAACAUUGAACUGCAAUCUCGCCGGGAGAGAGAGAGAGAGAGAGAGAGAGAGAGAGAGAGAGAGGCUCAAUAUCCAGGCAUGCUCCCGCUGCGGCGCUUGGCGUGGGCCUGCCGCCGGCGAGGCCUCGCCGGGAUCGCCUCUGCAGCGCCCAGGGAGGCGGCGGACGCGGUGGUGGUGGGCGCCGGCGUGGUCGGCCUCGCGGUGGCACGCGCGCUGGCCAUGGCCGGCCGCGAGGUGGUGGUGGUCGAGGCGGCCUCCAGCUUCGGCACCGGCACCAGCUCCCGCAACAGCGAGGUCAUCCACGCCGGCAUCUACUACCCUCCCGGCAGCCUAAAGGCUAGUCUUUGUGUAAGAGGAAGGGAAAUGCUCUACAAGUACUGUGCAGAACGAGAAAUUCCCCAUAAACAGCUCGGUAAACUCAUCGUUGCUACUGGUGUUGCAGAGACUGCAAAAUUGGACAUGAUCCUGAAGAAUGCUAAACAAAAUGGGGUGGAUGAUCUUCAGAUGAUGGAGGGUUCCCAAGCUAUGGAGAUGGAACCAGAACUUCAAUGCCUUAAAGCUUUACUAUCACCUCGUACUGGGAUAGUUGACUCUCAUUCACUCAUGCUCUCCCUUUUGGCUGAUGCCGAGAACUUAGGAACAACCAUAUCAUACAACACAACAGUUACGAAUGGAUAUGUUGGAGCUGAAGGCCUCGAGGUUCAUACUUGUGAAAGCCAAGAACUGGAGAAUCAUUCUUUAGGCUCUCCUGUCUCCCCACAACUUAUUUUGCUUCCUAAACUUCUGAUAAACUCAGCAGGUUUGAGUGCAGUUCCACUUGCCAAAAGAUUUCAUGGCCUUAACCAAGUAUGUGUGCCCCAUGCUUAUUAUGCCCGUGGAUGUUACUUCACUCUUUCUCAAACCAGGAGCCCUUUCAGUCACUUAAUAUACCCUCUACCAGAGGAUGGUGGAAUAGGGGUGCAUGUCACGCUAGAUUUGAAUGGCCUUGUUAGAUUUGGCCCAGAUGUUGAAUGGAUAGAUAGCGGGAAGGAUGUCAUGUCGUGCUUCCUUAAUAGGUUUGAUUACAUGGUCAACCCUACCCGAUGUUCUAAGUUUUAUCCCGUGAUAAGGAAGUAUUUUCCGAAUCUCAAGGAUGGUUCUUUGGAACCUGGUUAUUCUGGGAUACGACCAAAGCUCUCUGGCCCAGGACAGCCUCCUUCAGAUUUUGUUAUUCAGGGAGAGGAUAUCCAUGGAAUUCCUGGGCUGGUUAACUUGUUUGGAAUAGAAUCACCUGGUCUGACCUCAAGCUUGGCAAUUGCAGAAUACAUUGUUUCAAGGUAUUUAAGAUGAGCCCCCGGAAUCAACACUUCAUUCUCGAAUAUUCUCAGCUUUAUGCACUGAGGCAACCGGCAGGAUAAAGUGAUGAACAUCGCCUGUGAAUCACAUUCCUUGUGUAUUGUGAUCCUGAUCCUUGUUUGUACUUUGCCCCAACAAUGUGAUAAUGAUUUUUGUUUGCGCUUUACACCAACAAAACACCUUUCGGCUACUUGAUAGGCUUGCAAGGCGAUUCUUGUAUUUCUUUGUUUUCUAUUGUUUUGAGCAACUUGCAAGCAGUUCUGCAAGGGCUUUUUUUCUGCAGCUUAAGCUGAGAUCUGAACUUAAUGGUUGCAAUUACAAAUUAAUGCAUAGAGAGGCCGAGUAUAACCUCUUUUUUGGGGGGAGAAUAUAUCAUGUUUCUUU